AUGGACCCCGCCGUCCUUCGUGAGCUGUCGCGGCUCGACCCCGCCGUUGCCUUCCGCGCGUCGACCGACCACCUGCAUCACACCUGGGCCAAGACGUUCUUUUCACGGCCGGAGCUGUACGUGCAGCCGGAGUCGAUCGAGGAGAUCCAGAAGGUGGUGACGGUGGCCCGCCGCUGCCGCCGGCGCCUGGUUACCGUGGGCAGCGGCCACUCGCCGUCGGACCUGACCUGCACGUCUGCGUGGCUGGUCAACCUCGACCGCUUCAACCGGGUGCUGGAGAUUGACCAGGACAAGAAGAUUGUGACGGUGCAGGCGGGGAUCCGGUUAAGAGAUCUGGGGAAGGAGCUGGAACGCUACGGACUGACGCUGUCGAACCUGGGGAGUAUCGAUGAGCAGUCGCUGGCGGGGGUGAUUGCCACGGGCACGCACGGCAGCUCGCUGCGCCAUGGCCUGCUCUCCGAGUGUAUCCUGUCGCUGACGCUGAUGCUGGCGAACGGCCAGCUGGUGCGCUGCAGUCCGAGCAGCAACGUGGAGCUGUUCCGCGCGGCGCUCGUCUCGCUGGGCGCGCUGGGGAUCGUCGUCGAGAUCACGUUCCAGGCGGAGGCGACGUUCAAGAUCGCCUGGCAUCAGUCGCGGCAUACUCUGGCUUCUGUACUGGACAACUGGGCCACGGGUCUGUGGACGACCCACGAGUUUGUGCGCGUGUGGUGGAUGCCGUACCAGCAGAGCGCGAUUGUCUGGCAUGCAGACAAGACCGACCUCCCCGUGUGCCCGCCGCCCACCACCUUUUACGGCGAAUGGAUCGGCUACCAUAUCUACCACAACCUGCUGGCCCUGGGGAACUACGUGCCGCGCGUGCUGCCGUGGGUGGAGUGGUUCGUGUUUGGCAUGCAGUAUGGGUUUCGCGCGGGAGCCACCGUCACCGAGGCGGUCGAACCCGCUCGCGACGGCCUGUUGAUGAACUGCCUAUACUCGCAGUUUGUCAAUGAGUGGGCUCUGCCGCUGGAAAAGGGUCCCGAGGCCAUUACCCGCCUGUCGGCCUGGCUGCUCGGCGACUCCGAGCAGGCCCGCAUUCCCUUCAGCAGCAAAGACGUCUGGGUACACUGUCCCAUCGAGGUUCGCGUGGCCGACACCUCGCUGAACCGCAACCCGCGGCCCUUUCUGGACCCGACCUGUGCCAACGGGCCGACGCUCUAUCUCAACGCAACCCUGUACCGCCCGUACCUGCGGGACCCGCCGUGCAGAGAACGGUACUAUGAAGCCUUUGAGUGGCUGAUGCGCGACCUGGGCGCCAGACCGCACUGGGCCAAAAACUUCGAGACCUCCGACCUGGCUACGAUGUAUGGAGACGAUAUGCAUGCCUGGCUCAAAGUUCGGCAGGAGGUAGACUCUGACGGUCUGUUCUUGGGUGAAUGGCAUCUCCGCAACCUGCCAUUGUCUUCUUCUCCUUCCCCUUCUUCCCUUGCACUUAUGGAACGCGAGCAGACCCGUCGUCCUCUUCGGGGAGUCGCGGGUGCGGGCGAUGGCCUGGAAUGGAUUGGAGACAAACGAUGGGAAGACGCCGGCCAUGAUGAGCCCAACGGAGAAGGGGAGGAGCAGGGCAAACGCGACGACGACGACGAGGACGACGGCUUGAGUCCGGUGACUGCGGCGAGCGAAGAUAGCUUCGACCUGCUGGCGACGGGGGAAGCGAGCGUUGUCGUUGUGCCUGCUCCAUCACGCAACGAGUAG